AUGUCACCCAAGUCCGGCAGUCUCGCUGCCGCCAAGAAGUCUACACUUCUGAGCUACGUACUUGCUAUUCCAAGACCGCCAGUCCACCACUCCGUCAAUGUUCUUUCCCCUCCUUCGUCUUGGGGGUCCUCGUCGUUCUGUAGGGGGAUACCGGGCAAAGGAGAGUGGCCAGUCCUCCUUCGCGUACUUCAUGGCAGCCACGUUAUUUCAGACAUGGCUGCUUGCCUCAUGUCGUCCGCACCAACCACAGGCAACGCUGAAUCCAGAUCUUCUGGUCCUAGUUCGAGCGGAAACCUUUCCCGGUCUCUGGAAAAUGCAUGCAUCCUCCCUUCGCAAGCAGCCUCAGACUUGCUCGAAUGCCGCGGGUCUCCUUACAAUGUCUGCACGACGCACAGCCUGCUCGAGAAGCAGCAAUCCAGGACGCCAGUUGUCGGGACUGGAGGACCACGUCAACCUGUCGUCGCUAAUGACAUCGUUCGCGUUAUUGAUCUUGCUAGAGAAGACGACCUUGACUCCGCGCUGAUGGCUGCGACGACGGAAGGCCCCUGUGAUGCGGUUGGUAAACCUCAGCAUGGAUUUACUGACGAGGGGAGUGGCCAGUUUGCCCUCAUCCUCAGAUCCGUACUCUGGCUUUACCAAACCGAGGGAGCGUGUCGAUUGGUCUCACGUUUCGGCGGGAAAGGCAGAAUCCCGGUCUCGAGAGGCAGUAGGACAUCCAACUCGUUCGACGUGAUGAUGUACAUUGUGCGAUAUGGUUUUUCAGAAACCGCGUGA